GGUGGCGAUAAUGCACCAAAAGCUGGUCACCAACCGCCAUUAGAAGCAAAGAAGAAGAAGAAGAAUAUCUCACCCGGAAGUGCGUGCUUGUUUUUGUUUUGAAUGAAGGGACUAGUGUGUAUGGAUCCGAGGAUAACUGUAGUCUAAAGCAUCACCAUCCCCAUGAUGAACUUCGAGGGUCUGGACCCGGGCUUGGGCGAAUACGCGCCUGGCCUGCACGGCAACCUGGAGCCCGGUCUGGACUCUUCCCUGGACCCGCGGCUCGACCCCGCGCUGAUGCAGGGCGUGGAGCUCGACCCCGAUGCGUUGGCCGUGCCAGUGUCCGACUCCGUGCACAUAGUGGAGGGCAUGUACUCGGAGCUGCACAGCGUGGCUGCUGAGGUCGGGAUCCCCGUGACGGCCACACAUUUCGACCUGCAGGAGGAGCUCCUGUGGAUGGGGAACCACCGGGGACAUGCAAGUUCCUUCUUUGGUCCGACAAUGGGCCGCUACUCCUCUUUCCAGGUGCACAUGACUGAUGACAUUCGCCACAUCCAGAGUAUGGACACAGGGGUGCUGUUUCUGACCAAAAACAACCUCAAAUGCCUCACGCGAGGAGGUCUUAUUAUGUUUGAUUAUCCAAUGGAGGAGGGUGCCGACAUGCACAGUUUGAUUCUGAACGAUAAUAACACAUUGUUAAUGGGGGGUCUGCAGAACUACGUGGUAGAACUUGACCUCACCACAGUACAGGAAACACAAAAAUUUACUGUUGAAGUGCCCGGAGUCGCCAUCAUGAGACAGUCCAAUCGCUUCUUUUUUUGCGGUCACACAUCUGGCAAGGUGUCUCUGCGUGAUGUACGUACAUUUAAAAUGGAGUAUGAGUUUGACGCGUUCUCCGGAAGCCUGUCAGAUUUCGACGUACAUGGUAACCUGUUAGCGGCAUGUGGUUUCUCGAGCCGUGGCCUGAAUGGACUGUCAUGUGACCGGUUCCUCAUGGUGUAUGACCUACGCAUGAUGAGGGCCAUCAGCCCACUGCAGGUCCAUGUGGACCCCGUUUUUCUCCGCUUUAUCCCCACAUACACCUCCCGUCUGGCUAUCAUUUCACAAACAGGUCAGUGUCAGUUCUGCGAGCCCACCGGCCUGGCCAGUCUGGCUGAUAUCUUCCACGUCAACACAGUGGGGCAGCUGCUGAUGAGCUUUGAUGUGUCAUCCAGCAAACAGGCGCUCUCCUUUGGGGACUCUGGUGGCGGUGUGCACCUGUGGUCCAGCGCCCCAGAGGUGUCCUUCAACAGUUACUCCAGAGAGACGGAGUUAGCUCUGCCCUGCCUGGUGGAUUCCUUGCCCCAGCUGGAUUGGAACCAUGAGCUCAUGCCUCUGUGCCUUCUGCCAAUGCCCCUUACCAGCACAGAGCCCCUGCUCUCUGAUUGGCCAGCCUCCCUUAUCACGCCCAGCCCCAGACGAGCCCCUGCAGUAGAUGCAGAGAUUCUUAGGACUAUGAAGACUGUGGGCUUUAUUGGAUAUGCCCCCAAUCCUAGAACCCGUCCCAGAAACCAGGUUCCUUAUAAGAUAAAAGACGUAGAACUUGAGUAUGACAGCUAUAAUCAGGUCCCGGAGUCUCCUAUUGGUCGAGAUGAGGAGCCACAUCUUUACAUGAUUCCAAAGAAAUACAGGAAGGUGACCAUUAAAUAUUCCAAACUGGGACUGGAAGACUUUGAUUUUAAGCACUAUAACCGGACCCUGUUUGCUGGUCUGGAGCCUCACAUACCCAAUGCUUACUGUAACUGCAUGAUCCAGGUGCUGUACUUCCUGGAGCCAAUCAGGUGCCUGGUACAGAAUCACUUGUGCCAGAAGGAGUUCUGCCUUGCCUGUGAGCUGGGCUUCCUUUUUCACAUGCUGGACUUGAGUAGAGGAGACCCCUGCCAGGCCAGUAAUUUUCUCCGGGCUUUCCGGACAAUUCCCGAGGCAUCGGCCUUGGGUUUGAUCCUGGCUGACUCUGAUGAGCAGACAGGGAAAGCCCGUCUCGGACGUCUCAUCCAGAGCUGGAACCGUUUUAUUCUCGCACAGCUGCAUCAGGAAACACUGGAGCAGGAAGGACCACAGGCGUACAGAGGAGCCAGCAGCAGUGCGCUGGGUUCCACAGGGGAGUCUGUGAUUGGGCGGUUGUUUGGCUGUGAAGUGGAGAACAGCAGUUUGUGUCGCUGUGGAAAGGAGACGGUUCGCUCUUCUCUGACUCUGCUGUUCACCAUGCACUACCCGGAGCACAGCUCUCAGGAUAAGACGAUAGAGGAAUAUGACUUCGCAGACAUCCUGAAGAAGAGUAUCUGUCUGGAACAGAGCACACAGGCCUGGUGUGAGAACUGUGAGAAAUACCAGCCAACAGUGCAGACCAGGAACAUUCGCUGUCUGCCUGAUGUUCUGGUGAUCAACUGUGAGGUGAACAGUGCUAAAGAGGCAGAGUUCUGGAAGGCACAGACUGAGUAUGCAUUCAACAAAGCCCUGAAGAAAGAGGCUGCUGAACCUCACAAACCCAAAGAGCCUCUACCGACAGAAUGGUGUUUAGAGGAAGAGCUGUGCAGUGCGGAGGGCUUGACAUUUGACUCUCAAGCGGAGGACAUGAGGCACGUGUGGAUCCCUCUUAGUCUGAAGAUGUGCAUUAGUAAGUCUCAGGGCCUGGAGGUCAGCAGCCUGUCUGAGGGAGAGGAGCUGACUGAAAGUGCAGAGGCAGAUGGGGCUUCUGUCUAUGACUUGGUCGUCACUGUGUCUCACAUCCAAGAUGCUCGGACCGGAGGAAACCUGGUGGCACAUAUCAAAGUGGGCGAGACCUACCAUCAGAGGAAAGAAGGAGUAACACACCAGCAGUGGUAUCUGUUCAACGAUUUUCUGAUUGAGCCGAUUGACAAGGCUGAAUCAGCACAGUUUGAUGCGAACUGGAAGGUUCCGGCUGUACUUUACUACACCAAGAGGAACUACAACGCCAAGUAUGAUUUGCGAAUUAAGAACCCCAUUGAGGCCAGCGUUCUGCUGACGGAGGCCUCCUUGGCACGGAAACAGAGGAAGAGUCACGCCACCUUCAUCCCCCUAAUGAUGAGCGAGAUGCCGCAGGCUGGGGAACUUGUUGGAUUAGACGCAGAGUUUGUCACACUCAACCAGGAAGAGGCAGAACUGCGCAGUGACGGGACCAAGUCCACCAUUAAGCCCAGCCAGAUGUCUGUCGCUCGGAUCACAUGCGUGAGAGGCCAGGGUCCCAAUGAGGGAGUGCCGUUCAUUGAUGACUACAUAUCGACACAGGAACAGGUGGUGGACUACCUGACUCAGUAUUCUGGUAUCAAACCUGGAGACCUGGAUGCAAAGAUUUCAUCCAAACACUUGACUACUCUGAAGUCUACGUAUCUUAAAUUGCGGUUCCUUAUCGACACUGGCGUUCGCUUUGUAGGCCACGGCUUGCAGAAGGAUUUUCGGGUCAUUAACUUGAUGGUUCCAAAAGACCAGGUGAUUGACACCGUCUACCUCUUCCACAUGCCUAGGAAACGAAUGAUUUCUCUGCGUUUCCUGGCAUGGUACUUCCUAGAUCUGAACAUCCAGGGUGAAACUCAUGAUAGCAUUGAAGAUGCACGGACUGCCCUACAGUUGUACAGGAAGUACCUGGAGCUGAGUCAUAACGGAGGAAAGGAAGAGUUCCGGAAGGUUCUCAAGGCUCUUUAUGAGAAAGGACGCAAGCAAGACUGGAAAGUCCCAGACAUUGACUCUGCAGACGGUCAAGGUAGCCCAAAAAGAACAGCCGUGUUUCCCUCGGUUAUGGGUUUAUGAUUCGACUCUCGUGUUGGUUAUAUUCCUGCCAAACAGAUGCCAGCUCACGUCAUUUCUUGUACAGCCUUUCAGUGUUCAUCAUCAACAUGUCUUAAGCCAAAAUUGCCACUGAAUUUCAUUAGGUAGCAAAUCUGAAAUAAGGCAUGCUAUCCUGUGAUAUAAAAAGUCUGUUUUGCCCUUUAAAAGUUGGGGAAUCAUAAGAAAUGUAAAAACAAAAAAUGUUAUCAUUUCUCCACAGAAUUGUCUAUCCUGUAUGUGUCUGUCAGGAAGAAUAUGAAUAAGGGGGACAGAUUUUUUUUCAGGACUGAGACUUUAAAUUGUGAAUUUAAAAUGUAUAAACCAAGUAUUGACUCCAUGGUGGCCUUUUGCACCAAGGUAUUUAUAUUGAGUCAGAAACUUCACUAAUAUGAAUUACAUGAUAUGGAUUAAGCUCUCAGUGGAUUUACUGUUAUUUUCUACUUUGUAUCUAUGAUGUACAUUUCCAUAAAGUGGCAGCUGAAUAAAGACUUAUGGAUAAAUCUCCUAGUCCAGAGUAAAAACCAAA